AUGGCCCUCACCGCCACAGCCGCUCUGCCUGCUGACCUCGCUCUCGCCGCCGCCGCCUGCAGCGGCGCCUCCGCGGCUCCGAGAGGACACGGCCCGCGGCCGCGCCUCACCGAGCGCCUCGUCGACGCCCUCGGCGACGCCUCCUCGCGUCGCGUGCCCGCGCGUGGCGACGGGACCGCACCGCCGGCAGAGCUCGAGUGGCCCUCCACGCCACCCCGAGACUGCCCGGCGAUGGUGCCUCCGCCGCCGCGCGCCUUGCCGCCGCUGCCUCGCAGCGGCUGUGUGCCUCGGCGCCGAGCCGAGACAUGCCAGGCGGCGUGCUGCCGCCCCAGCAAAUCCUGUCGUCCGCAGCGUCAAAACUAA